UACACAUGUUCAAAUUUGACAGUCACGGAUUUGACAGCGAAUCUAAUAUUUUAUUAAAAAUAUUUUAUUUUGUGCGAGUGUUUUAACAGAAUUUAAUUAGUGUUGUGAUAAACUUAAUUAUUAUAACCCAAUUUGGUGACCUUCCUAAAAUACUAAAAACCUUCGUUUUCUACUAUUGAUACAGAUCAUAUGGUUUAUUUUGGAUUGUUGGUAUAGGUUCUAGAAAUUAUAGUGAUUAUAUGCUCUAUCACAUUAUAAUGUCUACAUGGUUACCCCAAAUCAAUAGCUUUAUUUAAAAAUAAUUAUGAGGUCCUCUUUGGAAAAAAUUAUUUGUAUUUACAUUUGUACAGCAUUGUCUUCUGCCCGAAUACAUAAUCUGGAAAUAACAAACGAUGCACGUAGAUACAUUGCCCUUAGUACGUUUGGAUUUUAUACUGGAGGGGUCCUAGAAGUAAAGUUAAUCAAUUUUCGAGCUACUCCUAAGAAUGAUUCCGCUGUGUUUGGUUUCAGCCUGGAUAAAACCAUAAAUGAUGGCAUGAAUCCUUAUCUAGAUGGCCAUCAAGAUCACUGCGUCUUAGAAGACGAAGUGAAAAUACUUAAUAAUGAUGAAAUUGUAAUCUAUUUUAAACUUGAUCUCAAAAAUAAAAAAUUAAAAGUAAUAUGUAAAGAAAAACAAAUCGUUCACAUCUACAAAAGCAGUGAAGAUAUGAAGACUGCGUCAGGUACAGGAUCUUGCAAUAAUUUAGAUUUUGAUAUAAAGUCAGACGUUGAAAAUGAAUUUUCCUAUUACAAUGCUUCCUUUGCCAUGGCCGUGGAAAGUAUUCAAGAGGAAGGACUUUAUAACUUGUUCUUCCACAGUUGCCCGAACUAUAAUCCCGACACAGAGACUUUCGUGGAUUUUACCGUGGAAAUUGUUGAACAUAACCCAAGCAGCUACUUAUCUGCUGGAGACAUGCCUUUACCUGCUCUUUACUGCAUGAUGUCUAUUCUAUUUCUGUUGUCGGGCAUGUUUUGGGUCUUUUUGCUGAGACAAUCUAAGCACCCCGUUUUCAAAAUACACUACAUGAUGACUGUGCUAGUGUUCCUAAAGGCAAUCUCUCUAGCGUUUCAUGGAGUCAAUUAUCAUUACAUCGAGAGACUAGGAGUCCAUCUGGCUACUUGGGCUAUACUGUUUUAUGUUGCGCACUUACUCAAAGGGGCAUUAUUGUUCGUGGUUCUGGUACUUGUCGGCACUGGAUGGACUUUCAUUAAACACGUCCUCACUCCGAGAGACAAGCGACUUUUCAUGGCUGUAAUACCCCUUCAAGUGCUUGCUAACAUAGCGGAGAUUAUAUUAGAAGAGAGCGAGGAAGGUGCUCGUGAAUAUGUCGCAUGGAAGAAUUUCGUUAUACUCGUCGAUUUGUUAUGUUGCGGUUGUAUAUUGUUCCCUGUCGUCUGGUCUAUAAGACACCUGCAAGAGGCUUCGCAGACCGAUGGAAAGGCUGCUAUGAAUCUGAGAAAGUUGAAGUUGUUCAGGCACUUUUAUGUCAUGAUCGUGUGUUACAUCUACUCGACAAGGAUUAUAGUAUAUCUGUUGAAGAUUACAGUACCGUUUCAGUACGGGUGGUUACAUGAAAUGUUCCGUGAAAUGGCCACUUACGUGUUCUUUGUUCUCACGGCUUAUAAAUUUAGACCAGCUUCACAGAAUCCGUAUUUUGCACUCAGUGAUGACGAGGAUGAUGAAAUGGAUCAAGUACUUACAGAGUCGGGAGCGACGGAGGGGUUAAGGAAAGUUAAUUCUAGGGUGACUAAAGUACCGCUGCAUCAGCAGAUUUUAACUGAGGUAACGGAGGAAGAGAAAAAUGCAUUGCUUGGAAAAGAGAGCAGCCAUGAAUAUGAUUAAUUUUCAAAUUCCACUCUUGUGUUAGGCUUUUAGAAUAAUUAUUGAUACUGUGAUAGUAUUAAGACCAUAAGACCUGUUUGUCGAGUGAUUAAAUAACAAACAAAUUAUGUAACAUUGACUACACUGAUUUUAUAGUAAUAAUGUAUUAAUUUAUUUGAAAUGCAUAAUUAUAUCACUAAAAUAAUAAAUAAAAUAUCGUGUUCAUUUAUUAAUUUAUAGAUUGUAAUAAAAUAGGAAUAAUUUACUUUAUGUUGCUACAAACCUCGUAUGUUUUUUUUUUUAUUAAAGACAA